AUGCCGGGGGCCGGGACCCGGGCAGAGGAAGGUGGCGGCGGCGAGGGCGCGGCGCCCGGGGCCACCGCGGAGGCUGUGGUGGGGGCCGGGCGGGAGCCGGCGCGGCUGUGCGGCUACCUGCAGAAGCUGUCGGGCAAGGGCCCGCUGCGCGGCUACCGCAGCCGCUGGUUCGUGUUCGACGCGCGUCGCUGCUACCUCUAUUACUUUAAGAGCCCGCAGGACGCGCUGCCUCUGGGCCACCUGGACAUCGCCGACGCCUGCUUCAGCUACCAGGGCCCCGACGAGGCGGCUGAGCCAGGCGCUGAGCCGCCCGCGCACUUCCAGGUGCACAGUGCGGGAGCCGUCACUGUGCUCAAGGCUCCUAAUCGUCAACUCAUGACUUACUGGUUACAGGAGCUUCAGCAGAAAAGAUGGGAAUAUUGCAACAGCCUGGACAUGGUGAAAUGGGACAGCAGCACUUCUCCAGUUCCUGGAGAUUUCCCCAAGGGUCUUGUAGCCAGAGAUAACACAGAUUUAAUUUACCCAAACCCAAAUGCUUCUGCAGAAAAAGCCAGAAAUGUCCUAGCUGUGGAAACGAUGCCUGGAGAGCUGGUGGGAGAACAAGCUGCAAGUCAGCCAGCCCCGGGGCAUCCAAAUUCCAUCAAUUUUUACUCUUUGAAACAGUGGGGUAAUGAGCUCAAAAAUUCAAUGUCAUCUUUCCGUCCUGGGCGAGGGAAUAGUGACAGUCGGAGGACUGUGUUUUAUACCAAUGAAGAGUGGGAACUUUUAGACCCACCCUCAAAGGACCUGGAGGAACCCGUGGUACAAGAAGAAAGAAAGAAGCAGAUGCCUGAGGGAAACAAAGGAGUAACUGUCUCAGGAUUCCCCUUUGACUUUGGACGUAACCCCUACAAAGGAAAACGCCCUUUGAAAGACAUAAUUGGAUCAUACAAAAACCGUCACAGCAGUGGAGACCCUUCCAGCGAGGGCAUGUCAGGUGGUGGCAUAAGCAAGGCAGCCUCCGAGUUGCAGCUGCAGGUUCAGAGCCAGCAGGAGGAGCUGGAGCGGCUGAGGAAGGACCUGUCCAGUCAGAAGGAGCUGGUUCGGCUGCUCCAGCAGACAGUUCGGUCAUCCCAGUAUGACAAGUAUUUCACAAGCAGCCGACUCUGUGAGGGGGUCCCUGGGAACAUGCUGGAGCUUCUCCAUCAGAAGGACGACCAAAUUCUGGGACUCAGCAACCAGCUGGAGCGGUUCACCCUGGAAAAGGAGAGUCUCCAGCAGGAAGUGAGGACACUGAAGAGCAAGGUGGGGGAGCUCAACGAGCAGCUGGGGAUGCUGAUGGAGACCAUCCAGGCCAAGGACGAGGUCAUCAUCAAGCUCAGCGAGUCUGAGGGCAGCGUGUCUUCUCCCUCUUCCGGGCCCAGCUCCCCCUUGACUGCCCCAGUCAGCAGGGAUCAGCUGGAGCUGGACAGGCUGAAAGAUAAUCUGCAGGGGUACAAAACCCAAAAUAAAUUUCUAAAUAAAGAAAUUUUGGAACUCUCAGCUCUACGAAGAAAUGCAGAAAGGAGAGAGAGAGAUCUGAUGGCAAAGUAUUCUAGCCUGGAAGCCAAGCUCUGCCAGAUAGAAAGUAAAUACUUGAUAUUGCUUCAAGAAAUGAAGACACCAGUUUGCUCAGAAGAACAGGGGCCUUCCCGGGAUGUCAUAGCCCAGUUGCUGGAGGAUGCACUGCAGGUUGAGAGUCAAGAGCAGCCAGAGCAAGCAUUCAUUAAGCCUCAUCUUGUCAGCGAGUAUGAUAUUUAUGGGUUCAGGACUGUGCCUGAUGAUGACGAGGAAGAGAAAUUGGUUGCCAAAGUCCGUGCAUUGGACCUGAAAACUCUCUACCUCACAGAAAACCAGGAAGUUUCCACUGGGGUCAAGUGGGAAAACUAUUUUGCAAGCACAAUGAACAGAGAGAUGAUGUGCUCUCCCGAAUUAAAAAACCUGAUUCGUGCAGGCAUUCCCCACGAGCACCGUUCCAAGGUGUGGAAGUGGUGUGUGGACCUUCACACAAGGAAGUUCAAGGACAGUGCUGAGCCAGGCUACUUCCAGACCUUGCUUCAAAAAGCACUGGAGAAACAGAACCCAGCCUCCAAGCAGAUAGAGCUAGACCUGCUGCGAACUCUGCCCAACAACAAACAUUACUCCUGCCCGACCUCUGAAGGCAUACAGAAGCUACGGAACGUCCUCCUCGCCUUCUCCUGGCGGAAUCCAGAUAUCGGGUACUGCCAAGGUCUAAACAGGUUGGUGGCAGUGGCUCUCCUGUACCUGGAGCAAGAAGAUGCUUUCUGGUGUCUGGUUACCAUUGUGGAAGUUUUCAUGCCUCGAGACUAUUACACAAAGACUCUUUUAGGAUCCCAGGUGGACCAGCGGGUGUUCAGAGACCUCAUGAGUGAGAAGCUGCCUCGAUUGCAUGCCCACUUUGAACAGUACAAAGUCGACUACACCCUUAUCACAUUCAACUGGUUUCUGGUGGUUUUUGUGGACAGUGUUGUUAGUGACAUCCUUUUUAAAAUAUGGGACUCUUUUCUUUAUGAGGGACCAAAGGUGAUUUUCCGUUUUGCCCUGGCACUUUUUAAAUACAAGGAAGAGGAGAUCCUGAAAUUGCAGGACUCAAUGUCUAUAUUCAAGUAUCUCCGUUACUUCACUCGUACUAUCCUUGAUGCGAGGAAACUGAUCAGCAUCUCCUUUGGGGACCUGAACCCCUUCCCCCUGCGCCAGAUCCGGAACCGUCGCACCUACCACUUGGAGAAGGUCCGGCUGGAGCUGACAGAGCUGGAGGCCAUCCGAGAGGACUUCCUGCGUGAGCGGGAUACCAGCCCUGACAAAGGCGAGCUGGUCAGCGAUGAGGAGGAGGACACCUAAGUGGACGUCCACCCAGGAUGCUGCUCUUCUUCCCUUCACAACCAAAGUGUGUCAAAAGUGUGAACUGCAGGGACAUWUCUGCUUGUUUAAAUGCCAGAAUGUAACAUCUGUGGUGUCUGGGAAUCUGCUGGGCAGAUGUCCAAAGCCAGACUGCACUUUCUUAGUUACCAUUUKGGGGCAGGGUCUCAUCUGUUUACAGCCAUCUUCAUGCUACAACAUUUGGCAUUGUGAUCAUGCUUUUUGCCUGAUUGGUGAAUUGCCCCUCAGUUACCAGUUGGCUGUUUCUAAGAGCCUGUUUACAGCAUCUGUCAGCUGUGUUGGUGUUUGACCCUGUGAAAACCAUCCUUUGCUGGACCUCUCCCAGGUUCUUUUGUACAUAGGAGGCAAUUGUGUACAUCACAGGGCUUGAGAGUUUGGCUGCUUCAGGUGGCAUAAGGUCAAUGUGAAAUGAGGGACUUCCUUAGAAAAGUAGACACAUUCCAUGUUCAGAAACAGCCUCCUUAGAGAGCCCAAGAAUCUUGGCUUCAGCUGCCAGCCAUGCCCCACUUCUGGACUAGCUUUUGCCAUCUCCUGCACAGCAUUUUAAAACAGUAGCUCCCACCCUGCGUCCGGGAGGGCCUGGCUCUUCAGCCAGCCCCUUGCACUUCUCAUCUCAGCUUGUGAUUGAAAAUCACUGGCUGUUCUCCCCUGCCUGCCAUGUGCCUGACUGUCUCUGAGCUUCUAUGGAAUGCUUUGCUUUGUAUCUGGGAAUGGCCUUGUAGAAGCCACUCUCCAAGUGUGACUCAGAUAGGAGUCUAAGUUAGCUACAAACUGCACCUGGCAUGCCCCUGAUUGAGGGAACAGAGGAAGCUUUUGGGGGAUUGCUUUUCAGGGUGUUGGUGCAGCUGCUGGGUGAGCCCUACUACAUGGCAGAAACCUCGGCCUCCCCAGAGGGGGGCAGUGCUCCUGAUGUCCCUCACCUAGCUAGCAGGUCUCCUUUGGGGACCUGAACCCCUUCCCCCUGCGCCAGAUCCGGAACCGUCACACCUACCACUUGGAGAAGGUCCGGCUGGAGCUGACAGAGCUGGAGGCCAUCCGAGAGGACUUCCUGCGUGAGCGGGAUACCAGCCCUGACAGGCUCCUUUACUUAGAGCUAAGGCUUGGGUGACAGUCUUCCUGCCACCCUCGCCACCCAGAGCACCUUUGUCCUCAAGUAAGGAUGUAGGGUCACUGUAGCCUCUUGAUUUUAGGCUGCCUAGGCAAUUUCUAGGGACUCGGAGCACUGCCUUUUUGAAGCCAGGAGAGAGGCUUUGAGCAAGGAAAGUUGUUUUUGCUUAAGUCCUGUGGACCAUCCCUAAUGUGCGGAUGUCAUGAGAGAAUGUUUUCUGGCACAGUAUUACUCGAACACAAGAGAAACAAUUUUAAGUGGAAUAUUUUACACUACCUGGACACAAAUCAGAAACAAUCCUUAGUUGAUACAGACAUACUCAGACUAAGAAUGGAAGCGAUGCAUGUUCAAGAAGUGCUUUUUCCAUAGCGCAUGGUUUUCCUGUUCAUCUUUUACUGUCAACAUCCUAGCAGUUCUGUGGCUGAGUUGGUAGUUACAACUUGGCCUGUUGACAAGAGCAAGCUCAACUUCCUGGGCUUAAAUUGCCUACUUUCUUAAGGUGUAGGGGGAACUGGUCCCUGUGUUUAGUCAAAACUCUUUUUUCAGAUACUGGGACUGUAUUUAUCAUUGUGCACAUCUGUAGAACAGUUGUUUGAAGCCCGGCUUCUUCAGGAAGCUGCCUGGGAGCAGGGCAGGCGUUGCAGUCUCACUACUGUUCUGGGGACUGCUGGGAUCAAGUGCUGGAGAACCCUGCCGCCACCUUGUGAAAUAGUGGCUGUCAGCUUAGGGGACCGCUGUGAGGAGGUGCUUGGGACUGUGGCUAGGGCCCCAUGGAUCAGCUUCAGCUGUCCUCAGCUUUUAGUUCUCAAGUCAGUUCCCCCUGGAAGAUGCCAUCCCCAAACUUCCAUGUACAGGAGCUAAAAUGCUCCCUUUAGGAAUGGACUUAUUUUAUCCAGUUUACCCUGAAAAAAAUGUUUCUUAGAAAGCACCUGGUGGAGCACUUGCCUACCAAGCAUGAGGCAGUGAGAGCGAUUCCCAGAGGAGAUGGACUGGGGACCCUUUCCUGGGGUUUCUUCCUAGAAUAAAGUGCUUAAUGUCCAGGGGGCUGAGAAGGAAUCGUUGACCUGGUUCCAAUUUGGGUCAGGAGGAGUGCCCUCCUUCCAUAGCCAACACUUCCCCUUCCCUCCCUCCACUGAGGAGAGACCUCCUCCUAUCUUCCAGGGUCCCAGGUCCCUCUACCUCCCCUGGCCGCCUGGCAAGUGCCCCUUCUGCACGCUGCUGUUCAUCUGAACCUUUGUUCUAUAGCCAGCCCAGGGCCCCUGUGUGGUGGCCCUUGCAAGCUGAAAGGGUGGCCUCCAGCCGGCUUGCCUAAAUGUGGGUGCCAAGGUAAGGGGAGCACCUCACACCUAGUGGGAAUUCCCAACUCUGAAAUCGAUGGUUCUUUUUUUUUUUUUUUUAAAUGGGUUGAACCUGUUAAUACUUUUGUAUAUUUUCACUACAGUUUAUAUUUUUAUAGGAUAUUUUAUCAAGGUUUUUCUAGAGUCUGUACAUCUAUUUUAUAUAACAAGUUCUAUUUUGUGUGCACAACUCCCUUGUAUGUAUUUAUGUAAACCUGAGCCUCCUGGUUGCUCCCUCCUGUGCUCCUUUUGCCUCCAGCCUUGACUCUCACUUUUGCUCAGCCCUUUCCUCACCCCAGGUAGCCUCAGUCGCUACCUGUAGUCACGCUGAUAGCAGACUACAGAUUGCUGGGAACGAUUCUGGUGUCAACUGCACCAGAAUAUUAUAUUGAUAUAGGAAGUACUCUAGCCAAGUACCCAGUCUUUUUUUUUUUUUUUUAACUAAAUGUGUACUGCACAUCCCCCACCCGCUGCUUUGCAGUAUUAUCUUCCCCCCUAUGACCGGCAGCUGGACCCAGCAGCUGGGCGGCUGGGUGGCUGGGCCUGCUGGGAAAGUCCCCGCAGGGGAGAAACUGGCUGCGAAGCCCCAUGUGUGCCACUGAUCAUUCCACCCCUGCUGGGCAGCUGGAGGAAGAGGGACGCUGCCAGGUGACUGUCCAUUUAUAUCACAGCAGCUUCUAUGCUGUCUUCAAGUUAAAUUUUGGAAUU